UUGUAUAUUUGCGUGGAACGAACAACGUAGCGCCUCUUCAUAUCAAAUUCACCGUCACAUAAUGGAUAGAAGCAGUUUCCAGCAGCAGCGUAAAAAACGCCGUGAGGCUAAACGAAAGUCGGGUGAAAAAAAGAAACCCAAAUCGAACCGAUCGGAGGAAAGUCUACAUCCCAGUUACACCAAUUUACAGCCACCAUACUCGGCCAUCUGUCGUCAACGGUAUCACGCAAAUAACGUUCUUUACGAGCAACAGUUCAACCACGAGUUGAGAAUGCUUGAGUUGAUGCAAAAUUCGGCCUACGAUUCGAUGCGGUUCCACCGUCAUUUCGCCAUUACUACCCUUUGGCCACCGUUGCACACACGCAAGGAGAUCGAAUAUGUGUUGGAUAAGUUUUUCCGUCACUCGGAGCGACAAACUCGUCGUUUGCAUGAAAUUAUGAAAGGUCCUGUUCAUUAAUUAACGUUGUCUCCUAAUGUUCUUUUUUAUCGACAAAAAUAUGUUAGCACAGUGAUAUAGAGUUUAGAACUUGCUAGAACAUGCUUCCCAUUGACCAGUGCUGUACCAGGUUCAAAACGCCU